AUGUUCUCCAAGAACUCCGGCAACUGGCUCGAUGCCUUCAGCUCCCGCCGCGGAUCCCGCAGCUCCAUCUCUUCUUCAUCCUCCGGUUCCUUCUCCGGCCCUUCCAGGAAAACCAGCCGUAGCGCUUCUCUCGCUUCGAUCUUCUCGAGGGGUACUUCUGAGGAGGAGGAGCGUCUCAUGGUUGACGAGCCAGUCCAGAGGACACCCUAUGUUCCUCGGUACGCAGCCAAGUCUUACAUGAAGACAACGACUACCCACGAGAUCCGCAUCAACAGCGAGAUUCUCUAA